GCAGUGCUGUUGCCGCAGUGCUGCCACUAAGGUGCUGCCCAGCAGUGCUGCCUGCCGCGCUGUUUUCGAGCAAGGCGGCAGUGUCGCUCUGUUCGUGGAGAUGCGUUGUUGUGUAUUCGUUAGUUUACUUUGAGUUGACAAGAUGUCGAUUGAUGACCAACUUUUAUUUAUACUGUUGGAAGAGGAAGAAGAUGACGAUGAUUUGUUGUUGCUUUAUGCCAAUAGUAAAAGAAAAGCAACAGAUUCGUUUUAUAAAAGCAGACAACAGGAAGGAUGUUACAAGUCGCUGAUUAAAAACCAUUUGAUAAGUGAUGAAGAAAAAUUCAGAGAGUACUGUCGUUUAAAUAAAGAACAGUUCAGUUUUAUUCAUAGUUUAAUUGCUGACAAAAUUGAAGCAAAAGUUUCUCGCAAGGAAGUUAUCAACGCUGAAGAAAAAUUAUUCAUAACAUUAAGGUUCAUGGCCACCGGUGAAAGUUUCAGAUCUUUAUCGUAUUCAUACCGUAUAUCUGAGGGCUAUAUAUCACGUAUCGUGAAACAUGUAUUGAAAGUUUUGAGGCAAGAAUUAGUACCUCUCCUAAUGAAGCCUCUGGAGGAAAACGACUUUACAGUCGUUGAAACAUGUUUUUGGCAUAAAUGGAAUAUACCUAAUUGCGUUGGAGGAAUAGAUGGCAAACAUGUUCGUAUCAAAGCUCCAAAAAAUAGUGGAUCCCUCUUUUUUAAUUAUAAAGAUUACUUUUCAGUUGUCUUGUUGGCUAUUGUGGAUGCAAAUUACAAAUUUAUAGCCGUUGAUGUAGGUGCUUACGGCAAAGAAUCUGACAAUGGCAUUUUUCAAAAGUCAAGAAUAGGCAAUGACAUAGCAAAUGAGAGAUUUCAUAUUCCACCUCCUAAGAAUUUGCCUGGAACGAAUGUAACUCUACCCCACUUUUUAAUUGGAGACGAGGCGUUUGCUCUUAGUAGCUUUAUGAUGAAGCCAUACCCAAGAAGAACAGCGAGAUUGUCUAGAGACAAAGAAAUUUAUAACUAUAGACUAUGUAGAGCUCGGAGGGUGACAGAAAAUGCUUUUGGUCUUUUAAGUCAAGUUUUCAGAGUUUUCUAUUCGCCUAUCGGUAUAUCGACAGAGGUGGUUGAUGACCUGAUACUAACAGCUUGUUGUUUGCACAAUUUACUUAGAGAUGGUUACCUCGAAGAAAAUAGCAUUCCACAUUAUCAAACAAAUAGUGACAAUCUCCCUGACCGAAACAUGAUAGGUUUAGUGGCUUCGGGCGGGUUUUCGAAUAGCAAUGGAUUCGAAGUCAGAGACAAAUUAAAAGAUUUUUUCGUUACUGAGAACGGUUCAGUUUCAUGGCAAGAUGCAGCAAUUAGUCGAAUAUAAUAUAUUACAAGCAAAAUACAUUUUUAACCGACUUCUAAAAAAGGAGGAGGUUAUCAAUUCAACAGUAUUUUUUGUGUUUUUCUUUUUUCUGUGUUACGGAUAUUCUUUUCUAAAAAGGUGUGUAGGCCAAAAAAUUCCACUACUUAUCUACCUAUAUGUACACUAACAAUGGAAAAAUAAAACAACUUUAAAAAUGUAAGUACCUACUGAUGUGAGUACUGUAGAUAGGUACUAAUCAUUUUCUACUCUUGCCAAACAAUAAGAGUAAGAGUAUUCAUAAACUUAUUUUAGUUUAGCUAUUUAAAUUUUGUUUUUUAUUGUAUUAACUAUUUGUUAUUAAUUGAAGUCGGUUCAAUUUUUUCAUUGAAAAAAAAUAUACCUAUAUAACUGUAAUUAGUAGGCAUGUAUGUAAUCAUGAAAUUAAAAUAAAGUUGAUAAGAACAUUUA